GAGGGAAGAAGGCUACAGAAGGAUGCACGGCCUGCCCCGUGCUGGUCCGCACUAUCCGCCGCCUGAGCCUGUGCUGCCCACCCGCCCGAACUCAUGACGCGCACGCCGGACCUCAUGGUGCCCCUGCUGGGCCUGAGCCUGGGAUUGGCCCUGAGCCUGCCCGGAGCUGUAGCAGCCGACUGCGAGUCUCUCGGGCGUGUGGAGCAUCUGGCAUUCGCUCAGGUGGCCAGGACACGGGAGCUGACCCCUUAUGACCGCGCGACAGGGCCCCUGGACUCCCUCUAUGGCACCGUGAGACGAUUCCUCUCCGUGGUUCAGCUUAACCCCUUCCCGGCAGAGUUGAUAAAGACCUUGCUGAAUGAUCCAUCUUCUGUGAAGACAGAUGAGGUGGUUCGGUAUGAGGCAGGCUACAUCGUGUGUGCUGUGAUUGCUGGCUUCUAUCUCCUGUCAGUGCCCAUCACUGGGCUCUGCUUCUGUUGUUGUCGCUGCCGCCGGCGCUGUGGGGGCAGAGUGAAGACGGAGCACAAGACCAUGGCCUGUGAACGUGGCACCCUCAUGACCUUCCUGCUGCUGACCACCCUCGUGCUUCUAAUUGGUAUGGUCUGUGCUUUUGCUACUAACCAGUACACACAUAGUCAGACAGGCCCCAGUGUGGAAGCUGUCCCUGAGACCCUGCUCAGCCUAAGAGGCCUGAUCUCUGACGUUCCUGAAGAGCUGCAGGCCAUGGCUAAACAGUUCUCCGUGCCUCAGAAGCAAGUCUCAAAGGAGCUGGAUGGUAUUGGUGAGAAUCUUGGGAACAUAAUUCAUAACCGGCUCAAGAGCACAGUGUACCCGGUGCUAGCCUCAAUGCACAGCCUGGGCCAGGCCCUGCAGGUCUCCAUAGACCACCUUCGAGCCCUGAACACCACCUCAGUGGAGCUGCAGGAGGGUCAGCAGUACCUCGAACCACCUGUACAAGUGCUCCGGGAACGCCUGCUCACCCUGCUUCAGAAGAGCUGGUGCCAUAACUGCGAGGGGUUCCUAAGCUGGGCCAGUGCUCUGCAACUGGGUGCUGACUUUACCCAGAUGCCCCCUGUGGGUGAUGUCCUGCUUCAGCUGAAGGAUGUCGCAGAAGCCAACUUCUCCAGCCUGGUCCAGGAGGAGAACACCACCUUCAAUAACCUCCCGAUCCUGGUUAAAAUGCAGACGGUCAGUGUGGUCGAAGAUCUGAAAAAGGCACUGGCUGAGCAGCCUGAAGGUGUGAGGAUGCUGGCCCAAGCGUUCCCAGGUUCAGAGGCAGCUUCCCGCUGGAGCCAGGCACUGGAGAGGCUGGAACAGUGCAGCCGCCCCUACUUGCAGGAUGUGCAACGAUAUGAGACAUACAGGUGGAUUUUGGGAUGUGUGCUGUGCUCUGCCAUCCUGCUUGUGGUGAUCUGUAACCUUCUGGGCCUCAGCCUAGGCAUCUGGGGGUUGUUUGCGAGGGAGGACCCCAGCCACUCUGAAACCAAGGGCGAGGCUGGAGCCCGCUUCCUCAUGGCAGGUGUGGCCUUCAGCUUCCUCUUCGCAGCCCCCCUUAUCCUCCUUGUCUUCGCCACUUUCCUGGUGGGUGGCAAUGUGCAGACGCUGGUGUGCCGGAGCUGGGAAAGUGGAGAGCUAUAUCAGUUUGCAGACACCCCAGGGAACUUGCCUCCAUCCAUGAACCUGUCCUACCUUCUUGGCCUGAGGAAAAACAUCAGCAUCUUCCAGGCCUACCAACAGUGUAAGGCAGGGGCAGUACUCUGGAACGUUCUACAGCUCAAUGACUCCUAUGACCUGGAUAAGCACCUGGAUAUCAAACAGUAUACGUACAAGCUUCAGCAGGAGUUUCAGAGCUUCAAAGUAGAUUUAAAGGAUCUAGAUCUGUUGAGCCCUGCUGCCCGCCAGGACCUGGAGGCUUUGCAGAGUAGCAAGCUGGAGAAUCUCCACUACAGAGAUUUCGUUGAACAGAUCCAGAAGCCUGUGGUGAAGACUGACAUGAGGCAGCUGGCUCAGGAGCUAGAAGGACUGGCCCAGGCCCAAAAUGACUCUUCACUGAGGCAGCAGCUACAGGACAAGGCCAGAGAACUUCAAAGCCUCUACCAGGAGAAGGUUGUCCCCCAGGAGAGUCUUGUGGCCAAACUCAACCUCAGUGUCAGGGCCUUGGAGUCCUUGGUCCCCAAACUGCAGGCAAAUACCUCAGACUUUCUUGACACUGUCACCCAUCUAAAAGGAGAGCUGCCGGUGCAGCUCAGCCACAUCCUGAGGAAUGCCACUGAGUGUUUCCUGACCAGGGAAAUAGGCUACUUCUCUCAGUAUGUGACCUGGGUGAGAGAAGAGGUGACUCGGCACAUCGCCACAUGCCAGCCCCUCUCUACAGCCCUGGACAAUGGUCAUGUGAUCCUGUGUGACAUGAUGGCCGACCCUUGGAAUGCCUUCUGGUUCUGCCUGGGGUGGUGUGCCUUCUUCCUCAUCCCCAGCAUCAUCUUCGCUGUCAAGACCUCCAAAUACUUCCGUCCCAUCCGGAAACGCCUCAGCUCCACCAGCUCUGAAGAGACACAACUUUUCCAUAUACCCAGGGUCACCUCCCUGAAGCUAUAGAACCCGGGCAAGGUGAUCCCUGGGGCUUCCUGUCCUUCCUUGUCUCAGCCUGGACCAGAAGACAUCUGCAACCUCUGUCCCAGAGCCCAGGCUGGCCUCUAGUGCUGGGCUGUCCCCUCCUCUUCUCUAGCUUACCCAGUUCCACGUUUGCACUCUUUCUCCUUGUGACCCAAAUCACUCUCAGUCUUUACUGAGCUACAGAGUGAACAGGUUCUUCUGGGUGUGUAGGCUUGUCCUCCUCGCUGUGGUAUCUCAGCAACAGGAAAGACCUCUUCACCACCCAUGGGAGUUCUCUCUCCAGCCUUUAGGUGGAACAUAGCCCCCUCCAUUUGCCCAUUUUUUUUCUCCCGUCUCCUAUCUAAGCUUCUUUCCCCUUGUCUAAGUUUGGUCCCCCUACCUCCUCCAACGUCCUUUUUGUUCCCUCCCCAGCCUAUAGCUUGCUCUCUCCAUGGAGGUGCUCCCUCCCCCCUUUCCCCUUUACCUUGUUCUUACUGCCACCUUGCUGGCUCCCAGGCCUGUAUAGAACAAACGUCAUGGUUAAGGUCAUGUCCUCUGAGCUUUCUGCAACUUUCUUCUGGAUCUCCUGUUCCCAGUGGGGCAAGAAAGGCCUGUCUAAGGGCUGAGCUGUCCUGUCUGAAUCCUGGGUUAGACAUACCAGUGCUGGCCCUACCUUCUCUCUGAGAAUUAGCUCCUAAGAGAGAACCAGGGGUGUGGGCCAUGCUGGGGAUCCCCCCUCGUCUCACAGACAGUAGCAUGGGUGGUCCCACUGUCUUCCCAGGAUGGAUCUGGUGGUAAGAACAGGGUUUUGCACUCCCCCUGCCAUCCUGCACAUAUGGCCUGGGAUCACUCCUUACUUAUCUCUGUAUGGUCCCCAUGUGCUGGGAAUUGGGUCCAGAAAGGACAAAGAAAAGAGAGACAAUAUGGACCAAUCUCUGCUGCAGUAACAGGUUCUUUCUUUCCUAUGCUUUGGUUCUGGGUCCCUGAGGCUGGGUCUCUAAGGCAAAGGCUCAGUAUACAAUUGGUAUUUAGUGGGAAGAAUUCUGAGGCCUCUCUGACUGCAGGAGUCUUGGGAUUGUUAUAGCAAUUCAGUGGGAGGAGCAGAGCCUGCCUUAGUCGUGUGAUUCACAGCCUGGUUCUGAUGCUGCUAGCUGGGGCACCUCAAACAUGUCAGGUAGGUUCCCCAAGCCUCAAUUUGUUUUAUUAUAAAAUGGAGAGGUCCUUGGAGCCUGUGUGUAGGGUUGUGAAAGUCAAACAUGGUGAUAGGUGGAAACCUUUGACAGGCCUAGUGCUGACCAAGUACAGCUCGUGCUGCCCAGGAGUUGAGAGCCAGGCUGAGGACAGAGCCAGGGUCUUGCAUGAAGCGGGUGAAUGCCCUUUAUGGUGGUAAUCCUCCCCAUCUCUGGGCAUGUUGAUGUGGAAUUACAUUAUGAAUGUACCAGCACCAGUUUUGCUGCUAGGACUAAAGAUGGUAGUACCCAGUGUACAAAGAUUCCAGCAAGCAUACUCUCAAACAGGCAUCCUGGGAUGUGCUUCCCCCCCCCCCCCAGAGGUUGGAAGGUUUUGUUUUGUUGUUUGUUUGUUUUCAGUUGUUACUCAUUUGUUAAUUUGGGGGUGAGGAAGUGACACCCUAUUUUUUUUAACCACAACUGAUGGGAUUUAAAUAAAUGAAAUAAAAGCAA